CUAUUAAUGAUGUUGUUCAAGAAGAGACCAUAAUGACUGGCUUAUGUCUCUAUGAAGUUUGCAUGAAAUGUGGAAAUUUAUUUACAAAUUUAGAGAGUUUAAAUGCACAUAAUUUAAUCCACUGCAAAACAGAAGAAGGUUCUAGUGAAGACAAAACAGCACAAAAAACUGAUUUGCAAGAUGUCAGUCCAGAUGGGCCAGGAUCAAAACAAUUUUUCUUGGACUAUCUGAAGCUACGGCCUUUAGAAGAUACACUGAAAUGCACAGACAUGCAUCAAGGGAAAAGAGUUCCUGAACUUGACCCAAUCAAUAGCUAUCAAGCUUGGCAGCUGGCCACAAAGGGCAAAGUUGCUGAGCCAUCAGAAUAUGUGAAAUAUUUGGGAUGGGAUGAAACCUUGGCAGAUGCAGAUGUGUGUUAUGACAGAGAUAAAGGCGAAUACAUUCUAAUUAAUCAGGAGAAACGCAAACGGGAACAGGAGAGUAACAACACCAGCAAUCCAAAGAAACGGAGUUGCGCAAGUGGGAGUCGCACAGAGAAAAGCAGCAGUGCUCAACCUGGUGAAAAUGCUGUUGAACCACCUAAUGAAUUGGAAUUUAGGCCACCUUCACGCCAGAGCCGCAGGUCUUCUCAGAACAAAUCCACUGAAUGCUUUGAAUGUGGGAAAAUUUUUCGAACAUAUCACCAAAUGGUGCUUCAUUCAAGAGUCCAUCGAAAAGAACGUAGAAGUUUGAGUGAAAGUGGUUCAGUUACUCACACCGACCGGUAUGGAUCAAAUAGUGAAGGUGACUCUGCUAGUAGACCCAGUAGUCCUGACUCUGCUUCCGCUCCAGAAGACUCUUUGGCUUCUGGCAUUGGAGAUGAAGGGGCUGAUGAUGACAGCUUUGAAGAAUCUGCUACACCAUCACCAGGUAUGAAAUCGUUCCACCAUGACUUUUCUAGUGAAGAUAUUCCAAUGCAGAUUUCCAAAACAAGCCAUCAUCAAACUGUUUCUGAAGAUGCCAGCAAAUGUGAUGACAGCCAGAUUACAUUGGAUGUGAAAAAUCCACCAUUUGUGAAAAGUGAAUUUAUGCCAGAUUUGAAAGUACCAGCUCACAAAUACAACACAGACCCUCACAAAACUAUCCAGAACAGUAGUACAUUGAUUUCUGUGGUGCAAAAUAAUGCUGAGACUGUUGACAAGAAAAAACAUUUGGCAUCUGAGAAAAUGCAUCCAAAUGGAAUGGCACUUGAUUUACUUAAAGAACGUUCAGCACAAGAUGCUACCACUGUGGUUAAAGAAGGUCUUAUUCCACUGGAUCUAAGUGAAAAAUCAAGUAGAGAUGAGUUUUGCAGUAAGAGUGCUACUGAAUCUUUGAAGGCUGCAUUAGUUAUUCAUCAAUGUCCCUACUGUAGUCAUAAAACUUUUUAUCCUGAGGUUUUGUGGAUGCACAAAAGAAUUUGGCAUAAAGUCAGUUGUAAUUCCAUGGCUCCACAGUGGGUUCAGCAAAAUGGGUUUAAAAAUUUGAAAAAUAGUGUGCUUUUUCUUGUCAGAAAUGGACGCACUGGUCCCCCUCCAGCACUUGGUGGCAAAGAGUGCCAACCAUUGCCCAUUGCCAGGUUCACACGUACACAGAUGCCUAGUGUACCUUCAGCACCUAAAGGCAGCCCUGUAACAAUGGGAAACACUUCAAAGGCUAAUUGUGGAUCUCAGGUGCGUGAAAACUCUCGUGGGUUUAAUGGACCUAAAUCAGCAAGCUUGAAUGCACAACGACAGCCCAAAGUGGCACAUGCUCAGGAGCAAUACAGUUCAGUGGUACAACAGCCUGUGUCAAAGGCAAAGUAUGAUUCAAGCCCUAAACUGAACCAAGCUGGAAGCUACGGCAGAAGUCACACACCUGCUCAGACAUCUGUAUCAAGACAAAUUUUGCAGCCUUCUAGUAGUAAACAAUCCGAAAAAUACAUAAUUUCCCAAGGAGCACCUAGUUAUGCAUCUCCAAAUAAACUUUCUUUGCCUGAUGCGAUUAAAACCAAAUUCACAUUGUCACAACCACAAUUUCCAUUUCAUAAAGUAGAUCCACAUGUUAAACAGGAGAGCCCUCUAGUGCCUCAAAGGGAAUCUCAGGCCAAGAAUAUAAAUGAAGUUGGAACAGUGCCCAACUGUAGUGCUGGAUCCAAGUCAAGCUCUGUUUUGCAAACUCAGUCAAGUGCAACGGGUGCCUCUUCGCCUUUUCAACCAGUAAAACAAGAACAAGCACCUGAGGGCCACGAAAAGAAACUAGACAUUUUAAAUAUCUUUAAGACCUACAUUCCAAAGGACCUAGCUACACUGUACCAAAGUUGGGGAGCCAAUAAUAAUAAUUUGGACAAUGCAGGAAUGCUUAGGACACAAGCACGCCAAGGAGAUUAUGUUUGCAUCGAGUGUGGAAAGUGUUUCACCCAGCCAAGCCAUUUAAGGACCCACAUGAGGUCCCAUACAGGGGAGAGACCAUUCCAGUGCAGAUAUUGCCCAUACAGUGCCUCUCAAAAAGGGAAUUUAAAGACUCAUGUGCAGUGUGUACAUCGGGUACCUUUUGAUAACAGUGAAUACCCUGACAAACAGCUCCUCCGACCCCAAAGUGACAAUCCCACCAGUUACAUGGAGGACCAGCUGGAAAACUUGCCUUCUAAUCAUCAAGUCGCUGGAGCUGUUGCAUUGAAGUGA